CGCACUGGCUCUCUCUCGCUGACGGCUGCGGCGGCAGCCGACUCUCGAGGGCCACUCAGUCGCAAGUCUUAGGCGCUCCCGCCGCCCGGAGUCCGGCGGCCACGAGGCCCCGCCGCGUCCUCCCGCGCUCGCCCUCCCGGAGGCUGCAGCCAUGUCUCGGGGGCCAGAGGAGGUGAACCGGCUCACGGAGAACACGUACCGGAACGUUAUGGAACAGUUCAACCCUGGGCUCCGAAAUUUAAUAAACCUAGGGAAAAAUUAUGAAAAAGCAGUGAAUGCUAUGAUCCUGGCAGGAAAAGCCUACUAUGAUGGAGUGGCCAAGAUUGGUGAGAUUGCCACUGGGUCUCCUGUGUCAACAGAGUUGGGCCAUGUCCUCAUAGAGAUUUCCAGCACCCACAAGAAGCUCAAUGAGACGCUUGAGGAAAACUUUAAAAAAUUCCAUAAAGAGAUUAUCCAUGAGCUAGAGAAGAAGACGGAACUUGACGUCAAGUAUAUGAAUGCUACUCUUAAAAGAUACCAAGCAGAACACAGGAAUAAAUUAGAUUCUUUGGAGAAAUCUCAAGCAGAGUUGAAGAAGAUCAGAAGAAAAAGUCAAGGAGGACGAAAUGCACUCAAAUAUGAACACAAAGAAAUUGAGUAUGUGGAGACGGUUACUUCUCGCCAGAGUGAAAUCCAGAAGUUCAUUGCAGAUGGCUGCAAAGAAGCCCUGCUUGAGGAAAAGAGGCGCUUCUGCUUCCUGGUGGACAAGCACUGUAGCUUUGCCCAUCACAUACACCGCUAUCACCUGCAGUCUGCAGAAUUACUUAAUUCCAAGCUUCCCCGGUGGCAGGAAACCUGUUGUGAUGCCACAAAAGUACCAGAGAAAAUCAUGAACAUGAUAGAAGAGAUAAAGACGCCCAUGUCUACCCCAGUGUCCGGCACGCCACAGCCGUCACCCAUGAUCGAAAGAAGCAAGAUGAUUGGGAAAGACUAUGACACCCUUUCUAAACAUGUACCAAAGAUGCCCCCAGCUCCUUCAGUCAAAGCCUAUACCAGUCCUUUGAUUGAUAUGUUCAAUAACCCAGCAACAGCUGCACAGAGUUCAGAGAAAACAAACAACUCAACAACAGACACGUCGGAAGACCCCAGUUUGCAGAGAUCAGUGUCUGUCGCAACUGGACUGAACCUGAUGAAGAGGCAGAAAGUGAAGACCAUCUUCCCUCACACUGCCGGCAACAAUAAGACCUUGCUCAGCUUUGCCCAGGGGGACAUCAUCACAUUGCUCAUCCCUGAGGAGAAGGACGGCUGGCUCUAUGGGGAGCAUGACACCUCCAAAGCGAGGGGCUGGUUCCCCUCAUCAUAUACGAAGUUGCUGGAAGAACAUACGAAGGAAGCAAAGUCUAUCCCUACACCAAGCCCUGCCCCAGUGAGAAGCAUCAGUACCGUGGACCUGACUGAGAAGAGCAGCGUGGUCAUCCCUCCUCCUGACUACCUGGAUUGCCUGUCCAUGGGAGCCACGUCAGACAAGAGGCCAGAUGCUCCCAAGAUGACUUCUACUUCUACCUUCAAAGCCCCAGUGUCCAGACCAGAAGCCACAGCCACAUCUCCCAGUGAUGCAAACGGGACCGCGAAGCCACCAUUCCUCAGUGGAGAAAACCCCUUUGCCACUGUGAAACUCCGGCCAACAGUGACGAAUGACCGAUCGGCACCGAUCAUUCGAUGAAGAUGCAAAAGACCCUGCCAGAGCCUUUGCCCAAGUUCUCACCUGCAAGGCGGCAGUUGUAUGUUGCAGGCAGGUGCAGGCGCUCUCAAAGCUUCACAGGGAGUGCCUGGUUUCAGUGAACCCCACUUGAGCAAAUCAGUGUGUCUUCCAGUUUGACAGAGCUGGGUUUCCAUCUCUGUCUUUAAGGUAAAAUUUAAGUAGCUUAGUGAAUAGAUCAAUCAUUUGAAAUGUUUCCUUCCUUUUCUAUUAAAAAAGCAGUAAAUUUGGUUCAAGUUCUUUUUGAUUUUUAUCUUUAAGGAAUUGCCAGAGUAAGGGAUAGUCAGUCUAUGCUUUUGUGCCUGGCUUUCUGUAGCUGAAUGCAAGUAAGACCAGUGUUUUAUUUUAUAAAGCCUGUGUUUCUUACGUAGCAUGAUGUUCAUCUUCUAAAGAAAAUAUUAUAUUAAGUUUGCAUCACAGCAUGCAAAUCCAAUAAGCGAUAUAAAUUAUGAAGCUGUAUUAAACAUAAUUUUUAAAUGACCCCAUUUUAACCUUUUGAUUCUACAAAUACAGAGCUCUUGAAGAUGGAGAACUCCAACCUCACUGGCAGGCACUGCUGCAGAGUGCCGAGACAGGUAGCCCACUCCAUUGGCACUUGUAAAAUUACCUCCAGGAGCUCCUGAAUUCAGUGUUACCCAGGCUGCCAGCAGGGGUCUCAGCAGCACGUAGGAGGGCUCCGCACAAGUGAGGUGACCAAAGGGCCACCAUUACUUCUGGGAAUACCUCCUGCCGCUCAGGUUUUUCUAUUUCUUAAUCAGUCACUGGC